AUGCCCGAGGUGCGCGUGCGCCGAGUGGAGAGAGCCGGGCCCGCGGCGCGCAUGCGCGGUCACGGAUCGCGAUCCCGGAACGGAAGCCGCCACAAGAUACAAGAAGGACUUGCAUAUACUGAAUUGAUAAUUUCAAGUAUAAAUGAGGAUGAUAUUAAGUACCCAUAUGAGUGCAUUCUAAGUAAUCCCUACCAAACAGACAAAAAGAUAUUCAUUUUCAGACUGAAAGACAAAAAUCCAGAUAUUCCUGAAAGUGUUUUCAAAACUUCAAUUAUUGCAGCUGUGACUUGUACAUUUGCUAUUAUAUUCCUGUUUAUUCUGUGCAUCGUCUUUAGAAUUGAGAUUGUUUUAUUGUACAGAAGCAUCACAGGACUGGAUGAGACAACUGGAGAUUCUAAAGAAUAUGAUGCGUACAUCUCUUUUGAAAGUUAUUCUAGCCUCCAGGGUGAUGAGAGACAUUUUGCAUUACACACUCUUGCCCCAGUUUUGGAAAACUGCUUUGGUUUUAAACUAUGCAUUUUUGAGAGAGAUGUUUCUCCAGGAGGAGCAAUGGUUGAUGACAUGAAUGCAUUUCUGGAGAAGAGCAGGAGAUUAAUCAUUGUCUUCAGCAAAAAUUAUACCUCUGAUAAAGUAAUGUAUGAGCUUGAAAGUGGCUUACACAAAGCAUUGGUGGAACGGAAUAUUAAAGUUAUUCUGAUUGAGUUCACACCUCUCAGUGAGCUAAGUGUUAUACCGGAAUCUUUGCAGCUGCUCAAGACAACAAAUAGGAUUAAAUGGAAAGGAGAGAAGUCUCGUCCUCUGAAUUCUGGAUUUUGGAAGAAAAUGCAGUAUCUAAUGCCAGCAAAGCCAGCAUUGUCAAGAAGUGAUUUUCAUAACCUGAAGGAAAUACAAGUUUCAAGAAAAGAAAAACAUAUAAUUGAUGUUUUAACUCAGGAAUAAAAGAAUGAAAAGAGACAUACAAAAUAACUUUGUCCAUGACAGUCAUA